CCAGCUGAGGGGAAGGACUGGCAGACACACAGAGCUGCCACCUUGCUGGAGAGGCUGCAAGAAGGAAGCAAAGCAUCAUUUCCUCGACUUCACUGAAUGUGUGAAGACCCAGAGGAGCGCCUCAUCUUACCUGCUUGGACCCGUAGGGGGGGAAAAAAGCAUAUUGCACUUGUGUAGAAACUUCACCGUUAACCAGGACUGGCCUUUAAUCAGAGGUCCAAACUGAUUCAUUUUACGAAAUCCACGUCCCUCAUCUAGCAUGGGUACAAGAGGCCUUCUGGGCUGCCUCAUCCUGACUGCUUUGCUCAGCUUAUCAGACGCUGGGCUUGUGAAGAAAAUCCUACGGCAUCGACGGCAGACUCUGACUUCCCCAAGAGAACAUAACGUCACCCUGCCCAGUUCAGACCAUCCUGUGGUUUUCAACCAUGUCUAUAACAUCAACGUUCCUGCCAGUUCUCUGUGCUCAGUGGACCUGGACGCUCCAGAGAGCACGCAGCUCGUUCCCAAAGACGCUGCGGUUUCCCCGGGCCAUCACGCCACUGAUCACACCCUCGACGGAGAGAACCAGAUUGUCUUCACCCACCGCAUUAACAUUCCUCGGCGGGCCUGCGGUUGUACCGAUGACAUGCCAGGCCUCAAAGACCUCAUGAGCCGGUUGGAGAUGCUUGAGGGUGAAGUGUCAGCAUUGAGAGAUCAGUGCAGUGGUGACAGCCCCUGCUGCAGUGCACAGGUCACAGGUGAGGUGGGAACUAAGCCUUACUGUAACGGUCAUGGAAACUACAGCACCGACACUUGUGGCUGCAGUUGUGAGCCUGGCUGGAAGGGACCCAACUGCACCGAGCCCGAGUGUCCCAAUAACUGUCAGGACCAGGGCCGCUGCGUGGACGGAAAGUGUGAAUGCUACAAGGGCUUCUCUGGAGAAGACUGCAGCCUCAGAGUUUGCCUUGUGGACUGUGGCCCUUACGGACAGUGUGUGGACGGCAUCUGCGUCUGCUCGGAUGGUUACCUCGGUGAAGAUUGCUCUCAGACAAACUGCCUCAACAACUGCUACGGCCGUGGACGCUGUGAAGACGGAUACUGCACGUGCGAUGAACCCUGGACCGGCUUAGACUGCUCCGAACUCAUCUGUCCUAACGACUGCUACGACCGCGGGCGCUGUGUGAAUGGUACCUGCUACUGUGAUGAUGGAUUCACAGGGGAGGACUGUGGAGAGCGCACCUGUCCCAACAACUGCUAUGGUAAUGGUUUCUGUGUUGAUGGGAAGUGUGUCUGCACCGUUGGCUACACUGGAGAAGAUUGCUCUCAGCUCACCUGCCUCAACGACUGUAACGACAGAGGUACCUGCUUCAACGGGAUGUGUACCUGCGACCAGGGCUACCAAGGUGAAGAUUGCAGCCAGUUAGCAUGUCUGAACAACUGUAACAACAGAGGCCAGUGCAUUAAUGGACAGUGCUCAUGUGAUGCUGGUUUCCAAGGAGAUGAUUGCUCAGAGCUUUCAUGUCCCAAAAACUGCCAGUACAGAGGGCGCUGUGUUAACGGCCAGUGUGUGUGCGAGGAAGGCUACGCUGGAGAGGACUGCAGCAUCAAGACCUGUCCCUCUAACUGCUACGGGCGCGGGGAGUGUGUUGAUGGACGUUGUGAGUGCCAUGCAGGCUUUACUGGCGAGGACUGCAGCGAGCUGAGCUGUCCUAACAAUUGUAGAGACCGUGGCCGCUGCAUCGAUGGGCAGUGUGUUUGUGACGAAGGCUUCAAUGGUGAAGACUGCAGUCAGAAAGCUUGUCCCAACGACUGCCUGGGCCGAGGUCAAUGUGUCGAUGGCGAGUGCGUCUGCCAGGAGGGCUACUCGGGAGAUGACUGCUCUGUGCUCGCCUGUCCAGAUAACUGCAACGACAGGGGUCGCUGCAUCGAUGGAAGAUGCACAUGUGAGAGCGGAUAUGAAGGAGAAAGCUGCGCAGAGCUGAGCUGCCUCAACAACUGCCAGGACAAAGGCCGCUGUGUGGAUGGUCAAUGCGUUUGUGAUGAAGGAUACAUCGGAGAAGACUGCUCAGAAGUGUCUCCUCCAAAGGAUCUCACUGUGGGCGAGGUCACCCCCGAAACUGUGGAUCUCUCCUGGAACAACGAGAUGCUGGUGACAGAGUACCUCGUGACUUAUGUGCCCACCAGUCCUGGCGGCCUUCUCCAGGAGUUCACUGUGCCUGGAGACAGCACUGAAGCAACUGUCAAAGAGCUUGAACCCGGCCUUGAGUACCAGAUCAACGUCUACGCUGUUCUGAGCAACAAAAGGAGCAUCCCUGUCAGUGCGAGGGUGGCCACAGCUCUUCCAAAGCCAGAGGGUUUAAUAUUCAAAUCAGUGAGGGAGACUACAGUGGAGGUUGCGUGGGACCAGCUGGACAUCUCCUUUGAUGGCUGGGAGAUCUAUUUCCGCAACACGAAAGAAGAAAACGGUAAAAUUGUGAGCACCCUUCCACCUUCUCAAACCGAGUUCACCCAGUCAGGUCUCGGACCAGGACAGGAGUACGAGGUCUCCAUCAACAUCAUCAAAAACAACACCAGGGGACCCCAGACAACCGAAACCGUCACCACGAAACUUGACGGCCCCCCGCAGGUGGAGGUGAAAGAUGUGUCGGACUCCUCGGCUCUGGUCAGCUGGUCUGAGCCAGUGUCUUCUAUAGACAAAAUCUCCAUGUCUUAUGCACCCACCUCCGACCCCGCAGAUGAAACCAGUGCAGAUAUUUUCCCCCCAGACAAGCAGUACAGCAUUGACAGUCUGAAGCCGGACACGGAGUACCAGGUGUCCAUCAUGUCCCAUAGAGGACCUCAUAACAGUGACAUUUUCACCACCACAUUCACAACAGCCCUGGAUGCCCCUAAGGACCUGCAGGCCAUUUCCCAAACAGACAGCAGCAUCACUCUUGAAUGGAGAAACAGUGAAGCCGAUGUUGGCAGCUAUCGAGUGAAAUACAGCCCCAUCUCCGGAGCCGCUCACGGUGAGGAAGUGUUCCCAAGAGGACCGGGAGACACGACACAAGCAACUAUCACCGGGCUAAAGCCAGGGACGGAGUACGGGAUCGGAGUGACCGCCGUGAAGAACGAGAGAGAGAGUCUCCCCGCUACGACCAACGCAGCAACUGACCUCGAUCCUCCCAGAGAUUUCGAGCAAGUCGAGUCCACAGAGACCUCCAUCACCUUGAGGUGGCAGAAACCUCGAGCCAAGGUGACCGGCUACAGGCUGGUGUACGUCUCCAAAGACGGCCAGGUGGAGGAGGAGGAGAUCCCAGCCGGGGCGACGAGCUACGUCAUACCCAACCUGAUUCCUGGAAUGAGCUACGGCCUCAGCCUGACCUCAGAGAGGGGUCACAGGAGGAGCAAGCCUGUCACUCUAACUACAUCCACAGAGGAGCUGAAGCCCAUGGUGGUGAACCUCACCAUCUCUGACAAUACAUGGGACGGCUUCACUGCGUCCUGGAUCCCCUCGGGUGGGGAAUUUGACAGCUUUGUCAUUGAGGUAACAAACAUGGAGAAUAUUGCAGAGAGCCAGAACCUCUCUCUGUCCGGAGACGCUCUCAGCCUGGGCAUCUCCGGGCUGAAUCCCAACACCAGCUACAUGGUUGGCCUUUAUGGGAUGUAUCGGGGCUCCUUCCUUGAGCCCGUGUACACUGAAGCCACCACAGAGGCUGAGCCGGAGGUGGAGCAUCUCUUUGUCUCGGACAUCACAGCCGACAGUUUCCGUCUGUCGUGGACGGCUGAUGAAGACAUGUUUGACAGAUUUGUGAUCAAAAUAAGAGACAGCAAAAGGUUAGCCCAUCCUCGGGAGCACAACGUCCGCGGUGACGAACGAACCAUGGUUUUAACUGGACUCAUGGGUGGCACUGAGUAUGAAAUCGAGCUUUAUGGUGUCACGUUGGACCGACGCUCCCAACCUAUUACUGGGGUUGCUCAGACAGGCCUGUCGACUCCAAGAGGACUGCACUUCUCUGAAGUGACUGACUCCUCAGCUGUAGUUCACUGGUCCCUGGCGAGCUACCCAGUGGAUAGCUACCGCAUCACCUAUGUGCUAUUUGAAGGAGGAACCGCGAUGACAGUGGCUGUGGAUGGCGACGUGUUAGAGGCUCUGCUACCCAACAUGCUGCCUGGCAAGUUGUACCAGGUGACGGUCAGCUCCGUGAAGGGUCUGGAGGAGAGCGAUCCCAGCACAGACACUAUAACCACAGCUUUGGACAGACCUCAGGGUCUGACUGCAGUUAACGUCACCGACACCACCGCUCUGUUGCUGUGGCAACCAUCUGUGGCCACUGUUGACGGCUAUGUGAUUACUUACAGUGCUGAAUCAGUUUCCCCAGUGGUGGAGCAUGUUUCUGGGAACACGGUGGAGUUCGAGAUGGGCUCCCUGGUUCCAGGAACUCAUUACACAGUGGGAGUACAUGCGAUGAAAGAAGCUCUGAAGAGCGCCUCUGCUGUAACUGAAUUUACCACUGAUGUGGACCCUCCUAGAGAUCUGACAGCUAUUAACAUUCAAACCGAAAGUGCAACGCUCACAUGGAAACCUCCACAGGCUGCCGUCACCGGUUACACACUCACCUUCUCCUCUGCUGAUGGUACAAUCAGGGAGGUGGUUUUAAGCCCGACAGCCUCCUCAUAUAACAUGGCUCAGCUAACUGGCUCCACAGAGUACAGUGUCAGACUGCAAGCCAACGCUGGAGCCCAGAGGAGUCGUCACAUUACCACCGUCUUCACUACCAUCGGACAGCUGUACAGACACCCGAAGGACUGUGCUCAGAUUUUAUUGAACGGAGAGACGGCCUCCGGUCUGCACCAGAUCUAUGUGGGUGGAGAGGAGAGUCAACCCAUCCAGGUUUACUGUGACAUGACUACAGACGGCGGAGGAUGGAUAGUCCUCCUGAGACGCCAGAAUGGAAAGCUGGAUUUCUACAGGAACUGGAAGAACUACACCGCUGGCUUCGGUAACAUGAAUGAUGAGUUCUGGCUGGGUCUCUCCAACCUCCAUAAGAUCACAUCUUCUGGACAUUAUGAGAUGCGAGUGGACUUGAGGGAUCAAGGGGAAUCAGUCUACGCUCAGUAUGACAAGCUCACGAUUGCAGAGCCAAGAACACGCUAUAAAAUGUACAUAGGAGGAUACAGUGGAACAGCAGGUGACUCCAUGACUUACCACCAGGGUCGGCCAUUCUCCACCUAUGACAAUGAUAAUGAUAUUGCUGUCACCAACUGCGCCUUGUCCUACAAAGGUGCCUUUUGGUAUAAAAACUGUCAUCGUGUCAACCUCAUGGGGAAAUAUGGCGACACCAGCCACAGUAAGGGGAUCAACUGGUUCCACUGGAAAGGCCACGAACAUUCAAUUGAAUUCGCAGAGAUGAAGAUUAGGCCAGCCAACUUCAGAAAUUUUGAGAGCAGAAAAAAACGAUCAUAGACUUGUGAACCCCCCUUUUUCUUCACAUACACCUCAUCUCCAACCCCCACCCCCUCUCCCCCACUGAGCCUCGUCAGCUGUCAUGAACUUCUACGAUCCCUCAUCCUGAAAAUCAAUCUCUAAAAAUAAGACGUAAAACCACUCUGAAUGUAAUCCAACCGGCUGUCCGAAGCGAACGUGGUGACGUUACACCAAAGAAUAAAAAAAUUAGCCGUUUUAGCGUACCUGUCCCAAUUUGGCACUCGUGUAUGUGUGAUUACAUUUGUGUAUCCCCACAUUUUUGGGUUCCAAGAGAAAAAGUAGCUAUUGAGUUUGAUUAUUAUGAAUGGAUAUGCAUGUGUUAUUGGGGACCAAACAGCUGUAUACAUAUGAGAAUUAAUUGUAAAAAUUGUGUGAAUGGAUCCACUGAAUCAGUAGCAUGUCAAGGGCACAUAAUCAGAAGGCAUCAGGCCACUCACAUCCCCUGAGGUGAUGGGAAGAUUAUUCAAUGGCAUUGUAUUUUUAAUUAGUUGACUUUGAGUUAUGGAUUAAAAAAUAGUAAUUUAUAAAAUGAUGCAUAAUGAACUCCAUACUUUUUUUUUCAUAUGUUGACUGUGCAACCAAGAGAACCAUCUGUCAAAAUUUAGCAUUUGGAGGCCACUAAUACUGUUCAUAUUUAAAUUUUGUAACCCGUAACCUUCAAU